AAGGAGGAAACAACAGCAGCUCCAACCAGGGCAGACUUCCUGAGAUGAUGCAACCAAUCCUGCUCCUGCUGGCCUUCCUCCUGCUGCCCAGGGCAGAUGCAGGUGAGUGACCUGGGGGCCCAACCCCAUCCCACAGGUCCCCUGCCCUUUCUUCACAUUCCUGAUCCAUCUAUCUACCAGGAAUAUUCUGAACUCCAGCUCCCAUCCUACCGAGACCCCCCAAGAGUGAUGCUGGAUAAACUAUCAGCAGGAAUGGCAGAGCAAAACACUGUUCUCGAGAAGAGCCAGUGGGUGCUAUCCCCUCCUCAGAGCCCACCUUUGUCACCUGGAGAGUGGUACUUUCCUAGAAGUAAAUGGCAGAGGACGAAAUAUUAAAUUAUUCUAGAGUGGGCCUGGCUUCUGUUUCUGAGAUAAGACAGGUGCUUCUCUCACUGUCUUCUUAGGAGAGAAACCCAGAGCUCAGCUGCCUACAGAAUUGGUGCAGUCACUGUCCUCAAAGCACUGUUAAUGCGUUUGCUCAGUCCCAUUCUCCAAUUCUGCUUUUCUUCUCUGGUCUUUAGUGGCUCCCUUCUUUCUGAAGAUGAGGCACUGUGGCAGGCCCCAACUUCCCUGCUUUCUAGAAUUCCACCAGCACUGCUCUACCAGCCCUCAUCCAGAGGCUAACUGGAGCCAGUCCAUCAUGCAGCCAGGAACAUUUAUUGGGCACCCAGCACAUGUCAGGCUCUAGGAAAUAGGAUGUGACAGUAUCUAGAGCCCUCCACUUAACACUCUGGCCGUUAGAAAGCAGCACUAUCCUAGACACCACAAGACUCCUAAGGGUCUUGGAAACUCACUUGAAACAAAGCAAAGUCAGGAGAGGAAUGAUCAGGAGCCUCUGGAAUUUCACUGUCCCUAAGACAGGUAUGCUCGCAUUCAACUACAUAUGGAAGAAAGAUUUCAGACCAAAGCCUGCUAUUCUUCCCUUUUUCAGAGCAGGAAAUUGAAGCCCCUUCCUCCAGGCCCCUCCCAACUCCAGGCUAUCCCAGGCUCCCAACUGCCCAGGAGUUCUGGAACCAUCAAGCAGGAACUCACCCAGCAGACUGCAUGGGUGCACACAAGCAGACAGACUUUUCCUUCAGGGGAGAUCAUCGGGGGACAUGAGGCCAAGCCCCACUCCCACCCCUACAUGGCCUAUCUUGCAAUCUGGGAUCAGGAGUCUCUGAAGAGGUGUGGUGGCUUCCUGGUACGAGAGGACUUCGUGCUGACAGCUGCUCACUGUUGGGGAAGUUCUAUAAAUGUCACCCUGGGGGCCCACAAUAUCAAGAAACAGGAGAGGACCCAGCAGAGCAUGCCUGUGAGAAGAACCUUCUGCCACCCAGAUUAUAAUCCUGAGAACUUCUCCAGUGACAUUAUGCUACUGCAGCUGGAGAGAAAGGCCAAGAGGACCACAGCUGUACAGCCCCUCAGGCUACCCAGCAGCAAAGCCCAGGUGAAGCCAGGGCAGGUGUGCAGUGUGGCCGGCUGGGGACGGACAACCCCCAUGGGAACAUAUUCACACACACUACAGGCGGUAAACCUGACGGUGCAGGAAGAUCGAAAGUGUGAAUCCUGCUUACGCAAUUAUUACGACAGUACAGUUGAGUUGUGUGUGGGGGACCCAGAGAUUAAAAAGGCUUCCUUUAAGGGGGACUCCGGAGGCCCCCUUGUGUGUAACAAGGUGGCCCAGGGCAUUGUCUCUCAUGGACCACGCAAUGGCAAGUCUCCACGGGCCUUCACCAAAGUCUCAAGCUUUGUACACUGGAUAAAGAAAACCAUGAGGCCGGGGACGAUGGCUUACACCUGUAAUCCCAGGACUUUGGGAGGCCGAGGCAGGUGGAUCACGAGGUCAAGAGUUUGAGACCAGCCUGGCUAAGAUGUUGAAACUCCACCUCAGUUAAAAAUACAAAAAUUUGCCAGGCAUGGUGGCAUAUACCUGUAAUCCCAGCUAUUCAGGAGGCUGAGGCAGAAGAACCACUUGAAUCCAGGAGGCAGAGGUUGCAGUGAGCCAAGAUCAUGCCACUGUACUCCAGCCUGGGUGACAGAGCAAGACUCCAUGUAAAAAAAAAAAAAAAAAAAAAAAAAAACGAAAGGAAAAGAAAACCAGGAAAUGCCACUAACUACAGGAAGCAAACUAAGCUCCCUUUGUGAUGAACCACCUUCUCUGGAGCUGAGUCCAGAUUUAUACUGGGAGAGGUGCCAGCAACUGAAUAAAUACCUCCAAGCUGAGUGGAAAGGCUGGUUUCUUGUUUAUUCAUUGACCCUCAUUCACAAGCACCAGGUCUGUGUUAUGCAGGCCAAUGACACAAUUUUGCUGCUUUCUGCUUUCUCCUCUUCCCUCACCCCUUGCCACCUCCCCAAACACCCACUCAAAGCUGAUGCCCAGCUCUUUCUUAUCCAUACCAGUUUCGACAGGGCCUGCCCUUCUGCCAGGGCUGAAGCUGAUCACCAUCAGGAGACAACGUGGACCACUUU